UCACUGGUUCUACUGGGUUCACUGGUUCCACUGGGUUCCACUGGUUCCACUUCGUCUACUGGUUCACUGGGUUCACUGGUUCCACUGGGUUCAGGAGCCGUGGGAAGAGUACUCAGAUUACUGCAGUAAAAGUAGCAGUGCUGUGACGAAAAAGUACUGUUUCUGUAUUUUAUUUACUGGUUUCUGUAUUUCAUUUACUUUUUAUGUGAUUUGUUUACUGGUUUCUGUAGUAAAUUUCCUGUUUUCUGUAGUUUAUUUACUGUUUUCAAUAGUUUAUUUACUAGUUUCUGUAAUUUAUCUUUUACUGGUUUCUGUAGUUUAUUUACCUGUUCCUGUAGUUUAUUAACUGGUUUCUGUAGUUUACUUACCUGUUUUUGUAGUUUAUUAACAGGUUUCUGUAGUUUAUUACUGGUUUCUGUAGUUUAUUUCCUGUUCCUGUAGUUUAUUACUGGUUUCUGGAGUUUAUAAACUGGUUUCUGUAGUUUACUAACAGAUUUCUGUAGUUUAUUACUGGUUUCCGUAGUUUAUUUCCUGUCCCUGUAGUUUAUUUACCUGUUCAUGUAGUUUAUUGACCUGUUUCUGUUGUUUAUUUUCUGUCCCUGUAGUUUAUUGACCUGUUCCUGUAGUUUAUUUACCCGUUUCUCUCGUUUAUUGCUGGUUUCUGUAGUUGAUUAACCUGUUCCUGUAGUUUAUUACUGGUGUCUGUAGUUUUUCUUUACCUGUUUCUGUUGUUUAUUUCCUGUUCCUGUAGUUUAUUGACCUGUUCUUGUAGUUUAUUGACCUGUUCCUGUAGUUUAUUGACCUGUUUCUCUAGUUUAUCACUGGUUCCUGUAGUUUAUUUCCUGUUCCUGUAGUUUAUCACUGGUUCCUGUAGUUUAUAGUUCUGGUUCCUGUGGUUCCAGUUGAGAUGGGAUGUCUGGGAGGGAAGACGGAGGAAGAACGACUGGAUGAAAAAGCGAAAAGAGAAGCGAACAAGAAGAUCGAGAGACAGCUGCAGAAAGAGAGACAGGCUUAUAAAGCUACACACAGACUGUUACUGCUGGGAGCAGGAGAAUCUGGUAAGAGCACCAUCGUGAAGCAGAUGAGGAUUCUUCACGUCGACGGUUUCAACGCUGAAGAGAAGCAGGAGAAGAUCCGGGACAUCAGGAAGAACGUCAAGGACGCCAUCUCAACCAUCGUGUCGGCCAUGACAACACUGACUCCGCCCAUUCCUGUUGGUAACCCCGGCAACCAGUUCAGACUGGACUACAUCAGGAGCAUCGCACCGCUGUCUGACUUCGAAUACACAGAGGAGUUCUUUGAGCAUGCUCAGAAGCUUUGGGAGGACGACGGUGUGAAGGCUUGUUUUGAACGAUCCAACGAGUAUCAACUGAUAGACUGUGCUCAGUACUUCCUGGACCGUCUGGACGCCGUCAGGAGGACGGACUACACGCCUACUGACCAGGACCUGCUGCGCUGCAGGGUGCUGACCUCGGGGAUCUUUGAGACUCGCUUCCAGGUCGACAAGGUCAACUUCCAUAUGUUUGAUGUUGGCGGGCAGCGAGAUGAACGCAGGAAGUGGAUUCAGUGCUUCAACGACGUGACGGCCAUCAUCUUCGUGGCGGCCAGCAGCAGUUACAACAUGGUGAUCAGAGAAGAUAAUUCGACCAAUCGGCUCCGAGAGUCUCUGGACCUCUUCAGGUCCAUCUGGACCAACAGGUUCCUGAAGACCAUCUCAGUGAUCUUGUUCCUGAACAAACAGGACGUUCUCGCCGACAAGAUUCUGGCGGGAAAAUCCAAACUGGAGGAUUAUUUCCCCGAAUACACAAACUACGAGGCUCCUUCUGAAGUGUCUCCAGAUCCUGAUGAAGACCCCAGAGUGACUCGAGCAAAGUUCUUCAUUAGAGACGAGUUCCUGAGGAUCAGCACGGCCAGUGGCGAUGGGAAACAUUACUGCUACCCUCACUUCACCUGCGCCAUCGACACUGAAAACAUUCGCCGCGUCUUCAACGACUGUCGUGACAUCAUCCAGCGGAUGCACUUGAGGCAGUACGAGCUGCUCUGAUUGGCUGCUGGGAGUCAUGUGACCUGAGGCAGUACGAGCUGCUCUGAUUGGCUGCUGGGAGUCAUGUGACCUGAGGCAGUACGAGCUGCUCUGAUUGGCUGCUGGGAGUCAUGUGACCUGAAGAAGCUAACGGCUAACCUAGAAGCUAAUGUGAUAUCUAAUGCUGAUAUAUUUACUCUAUUGAUGACUGCAGCUGUUAUUGAUUAUUGAUUAGGAGUGUAGGAUGAGUGUCCCUGUGAGCUGCAGCAGGGGGUUGUGGGUAGUGUAGUUCUGAUGCAGGAUGUGUAGUUUAUAUGGGAGGGGGCGGGGCUUAGCACACUAAAGACUUUAAAUAUAUUUUUUCAUGUUUCUGAACUCAUUAAAGUACAUUAUUAUUAUUAUUAUUAAUAAGAGGAGCUCUUCCCUGAUUGGCUGCUGUAGAUUUGUUUAUGUCUGUUUGUUUGUUAGUUGGAUUUUAUAAAAUUAAAUAUUUAUAACUGCGGCUCAAAAACCUUAAAUAGUGAUAU